GGCGUAGACAGUGCAGCUGUUUAUACGAAUUUCUCCUUUGUUUAAACGAUAUGGAUUAUUUACGUCCAAUUUGGAAUUGUUUUACCACAUUUUGUAGUUGUUUGCAUUGCUCUGAAGAUCCAUCUACUCAAGGUUAUGAACCAAGUGAACGAACACAUCUUCUUGCUGAUCCAAUUAAUCACAGUCCAGCAUUACGUAGAACGAAUUCUGAUAACAUAAGCAAUGACUAUUCACAUUCACUUCCAAAAAAAGAUGAUCAAAACGCUCUCUGCCGUUUGGUUCAAAAUACAGCCUUGAACAUGAUUGAUGUCGGAGCAAUGGAUUCUCAUAAUUUGGAACAUCAGGAAUGUCAAGAUAGAAUUCAACUUUAUAAGCAACGUUUGUUGCAGCAAUGGAGCAAUGUACAACAUCCCAGCAGAAAUCCAACAGGAAUUUUAAGAGAUAUUCCAAAUCCCGAAAUCUGUCUCACUAUGCCGGUAUUAAUUGAUGAUAUAAUCCAGAUGAACGCAUCACUUCAUCAGGUGCAUUUAGCAUUGUUAGACAUCAAAAUCGAUCAUAAGGAAGCGAUUGUUGUGCCUUUUCGAAUUCUCUAAUUUUUAAGUAACUUAAAGUAAUAAUAAUUGUAAUAACAUUAAAAAUGCGGAAUAUCAAUGGCAAAAGAGAAGAUCUACCAGCCU